CCUUAUACACUCGAGGAAACAGUGGCUUACUGCUGCAUAAAAUAAAAUAAACCAAACACAGCUGCUUACUAUUCCAAGUAAAUGAACGAAGAAAAGAUAACAGAAUGUUAGAAGUUUCGCAUGUAGAAGGUGGGAAACAGGUUUUGCUAGUUGGUGAAGGAAACUUUUCAUUCACGAUAUCUUUACUUACGAAAAUUGCUGAUACAACAAAGUCGCCAAGUCGAGCCAAAAUAAUCGCAUCUUGCUUUCAGAAUUACAGAAAGCUUUCCAAUACAACUAAAGAGAAUGCGCGGCUUGCGUGUAAUUUAGGUGCUGAAGUUUGGUUUGGGAUUGAUGCAACAAGUUUACAUCAACAUGAGAGAUUUGAAAAUGAGAAAUUUGAUUUCAUUGUGUUCAAUUUCCCUCAUGUGGGUGGAAAAAUGAAGUUACAUCUCAACCGCCUCCUGCUUAAAAAUUUCUUUGUAAGUGCCAGUUUGUUGUUAAGUGUGAAUGGAAAAAUACUUGUUACAUUAUGUAGAGGGCAGAGUGGAACACCAUAUGAUACAAAUAAAAGAAAGAAAGGGGAUACAUGGCAAAUCAUUGAUAUGGCUUCUCAUGGAGAUCUAAUACUUGUUGAAGCCCACCCUUUCUGCUCUUCCAAUUGGCCACUGUACAACUCAAAUGGAUAUCGAAGUCUAGAGAAAGGCUUCCAAUUGGAUGAAGCUAUUACUUUUACCUUUGUAAGGAGUCCACUAAGGAUUGAAUGCAAAGAAAUCAUGGAUCAAGAGGAUUUCACCUGUUUGCACUGCCCUUACAUUCAAGAACAUCUAGAUAAACUACAAAAUCAUAUUUUUGAAGAAGCACGGCUCUUUUCUCAUUAUAUGGAAGAAACAAGUGCAGUAAGGGUCUGCAAUACUCUGCAAACAAUAUGUCUUUGCCGACAUCCAGAAAGCACCAAAUGGUGGGAAAUACUACAUACUGAGAAGAAGGAUUAUGAUCUUUCAUGUUUGUUGGUGUGCUAUCCAUGUUGGGCUGAGAAUCCUAAAGCCCCUCACAGGGUUAUUCUGAUGAAUUUUACAACAGAUUCCGAUGCAUCCUUGCUGAGUUUUCUCCAUCGCCUUUGUGUUAGACGAGAAGAAAAAGGAAACAGCUCUAGCGUAACAAUUACACACUACCAAGAAACAUUUAAUGCGCAGGAAAUAGCAACGGUCUUUUUCAGAAAUGAUAGCCAUGACAAGCCUAUCACCGUAGCGGUCUAUAUAGAUCCCUUUUUUCAACUUGACACCAACGUCGUUAAGAGUUGGCCAAAACUUUCAUUACUUCUAGAAUCGUGUUCAGCUUCGAGAUCCAGACAUCCACCUGCGUAUUGUCAUGACAUCUGUUUUUGGAUUCCGGACACUUUUUCAACGAAAUGUUUUGCUUGUGCACUUUUAACAGUUGCAGGACAAAUUAUAAAAAAUUUCCGGCUUAUUGAUGAAUAUUUUUGCCCAAUCAAGAAACAAAAAAGUCUAUGUUAUAGAAUAAUUUACCAGUCUCUGUCUGCAGCUUUAAGCUCGGAAAAAGCUUUUUAUUUGCAAACGAAAGUCAUAGGGCCGUUUUUGGAGGCAUGCCUCGGUAUAAUAGUCCGGUAGCUAUUGGAAUUCGUUUUGACACUGCGAUUCGUACGCUGCAGAUCUUCUAGUAGUUUUGCUCCGCAAAGUUUCUUUUACACAGUUUUUGUUUAUAAAUUUGAGAGAAGGACAAUUAAUAAAUAGAUGACGCAGAAUG